AUAGUUUCUGUUCCCAGUGUAAUAGCUGAGUUACUAUAAAAAUAGAACCAAAAACACGCUUCAUCCAACGGUAAGAUGUCGAAUGUCUUGCAAAAAUUUGGGUUGAAUGGCUUGCAGAGAUUUCGCAUUCAUUCACAAGACUAUUAGCAUAGAGUGAAAUUUUGCUCUCUCUUGAUCCCGAAUCUACUGAACCUUUGGCCACAUCUUGCGGGGAGAACUGUUGUUUAAUGUUAUGCGCUUUGUAAAAAAACACCAGACUGAUGAGUUGCUACAUUUCAAAACUGAUAAGCACCUUUUUCCUUAGCUGUCCGUAAUGUUGAUUUCUUCCCCUACGAAACCGCUAUAAAAAGAAUCUAAAUUACUAGCAUCAGCUCAGUAUCAUUAUUUAACAGCAAAGUGGUUGGUGCUUGAACACCAUGGACGUUGCACAAUUGAUCGUGGUUUUAGUGUUGGUGUUGUGUUCAACAUCAGGAGUCUCCUCUGUCUCAGCAAAUAUCGGAAAUACCACGUUCUCUGGAUUUGCAUUCGAGAUGCUAAUUACGAAAUUAGAUUAUCAACAGGACCAGCUGAUCGAAGUCGAAACAGCCAUAAAGAAGGAUCAAGAAAUCAUUGACCAGAAGCUUUCUGGGAUUAUUGAGAUCAUCAAACAGCUGGGUCAGGCAAUUGGCCAAAACCUUACUGCGCUGCAAACUGAAACGAAUAAAGCCAAUGAAAAUCAAGACCAGCUACGGAGGGAACUACAAAAGCUGACGACAAAACAAGAUUUAGAUUUGUUUAUGAUCAAUUCAGGCUUAAAUCUUCGUACUGUCUCGUUUCCAUCGUGCAAGAAGAAUCCAUCGAAGCGAUCGGGCAAGUACAUCAUACAGCCUACCGAGGAUGAUGAACCAUUUGUGGGAUACUGCGAACAAACUGCAUUUGGAGGAGGUUGGUUAGUGUUCCAGUAUCGUUACGACGGAUCGAUGAACUUUUACCGCAACUGGACCGAGUAUCGGAAUGGGUUCGGCAGCAUCGAUGGAGAGUUCUGGCUCGGAUUGGAUCGGCUACACCGUUUGACGAUGACCCGAAAGCACGAGCUACUGGUGGAGUUGAAAGACUUCAAUAGAAACUACAAGUACGCACGGUAUAGUGAGUUUAUGAUCGGGAGUGAGAAGGAGCAAUAUGCGUUAGCAAAGCUGGGAUUUUACACGGGAACGGCAGAUGAUGCUUUGAAAAAUAACAAGGAAGAAAAGUUCACGACAAUGGAUCGCGACAAUGAUGCAAAGUUUGCAGAAAACUGUGCUUCCGCACACCAGGGCGCAUGGUGGUACUACAGAUGUUCUGAUUCAAAUCUUAAUGGAAUGUAUGUAAAUAGAGAUAUCAAAACAUCAAUGCAUUGGUCCAGAACACACUACAUAGGUAUGGCAUACUCUAGAAUGUUGAUUCGUGAAACUUGAAACGCACCGCUUUGUUGUUUGUAUCAAUAAAAUAAAUUAAUAAAGCAUAAAUGCUGAUGAUUGUGAGGUCAGAGAUGCUGAA